AUGAGCUCCUACGUAGCCAAUUCAUUCUAUAAGCAGAGCCCCAAUAUCCCUGCCUAUAACAUGCAAACUUGUGGGAACUAUGGAUCGGCCUCAGAGGUGCAGGCAUCCAGGUACUGCUACGGCGGAUUGGACUUAAGCAUCACUUUCCCACCGCCUGCGCCUUCCAACUCUCUCCACGGGGUAGACAUGGCUGCCAACCCCCGGGCUCACCCCGACCGCCCCGCCUGCAGCGCCGCGGCCGCUCCGGGACACGCUCUGGGCAGAGACGAAGCGGCUCCUCUGAACCCCGGGAUGUACAGUCAGAAGGCGGCUCGCCCGGCGCUGGAGGAGCGAGCUAAGAGCAGUGGGGAGAUCAAAGAGGAGCAGGCGCAGACAGGGCAGCCCGCCGGACUGAGCCAGCCACCGGCCCCGCCACAGAUUUACCCGUGGAUGACCAAACUGCACAUGAGCCACGAGACGGACGGCAAGCGGUCCCGAACCAGUUACACGCGCUACCAGACUCUGGAACUCGAGAAAGAAUUCCACUUUAACCGCUACCUCACUCGCCGCAGGCGCAUAGAGAUCGCCAACAACUUGUGUCUCAAUGAGAGACAGAUCAAGAUCUGGUUCCAGAACCGCAGGAUGAAGUGGAAGAAAGAUUCCAAAAUGAAAAGCAAAGAGGCUCUUUAGAGGCGGCGGGGAGGCCCGCAGAGAGCACCCUGAGCCGGCUUUGGUCCCCCGGCUUUUCCUCUUCGGUUUCCCUCUCUCUCUCUAUUCUGGGGCGGGGGCGAGGGCUGGAGCACCGGCACCCGGGCCUCACAGACAAAAGCGCUUUCCCUUGGCAUUCCGCAUCCCCACUGACCCAGGGUUCCCGCGGGGUUGCCCGCGCUGCCCCGUCUCCCUUCAGCUCAGCGCAGUACCCAGGGCCCAGGGCAAGCUCCGCAGGGCCUGCGCAGGGCUCCCCAGCGGGCUGCGGCGUGCUGGCUGCUGCUGAACGAACCUCGGCCUGGGCCGCCUCACCGGCUCCCAGCCCCAGCGCGCCCCGUCCGAGUUAAGGUGGGCCGGGCGGGUGCCGCUGGCCCCUAGCCCCGACCCUCCGGCCUCGCCCUUUUCUUUGUUCCCCGCUAGGCGGGCCAGGCGGCAGCAGGCUGGCGUAAGAGUGGUGGUGCCUGGGGGAGUCCGUCGCCAGACUCGGGGUGCUUCCUUGCAGGGACUAAACUCGAUCUUCACUUAUUAAAGAUCUGCGUAUAAAAGGGGAAGAUACCUGAACAUCCGCCUAAGGACCCCUUGGUUGCCCUGUGCUCUCCAAACCUUUUUCCUCCAGAAAAACCCGGGAACCUCCCCAGCCUGCGCCCGCUGCAUGUCUUUUCAGGCCCGCAGCCCCAGCCUGCUAGGUAGCUCAACUAUUGGGGUUUCCUGCCACCGGACCCCAGCAAGUGGUCUUUGCUGUCCCGUAGUCCUUGCCACGACUUUCUGUGCCCUUCCGUCCCAUCGCUGUUGCCCAACUAUUUAUUG